AUGGAUAUUAGCUUGCUGGCACUGUGUAUUUUGUUAGUUGGAUCAGUUUUUGGACGCAAAGAUAAUCAUUACCAAGUUGUGGGCGUAGAUUGUGAGGAAAAUGAGGCGGUCAGUUGCCUGAUGAUUAAAUGUCCGACUGGCGGCUUUUGUCCGGCGGAGAACUACUGCUUCAAUCCCAAGUGCGUUUGCCGCAAAGGAUAUCGGCGUCUUCGCGGAGUCUGUGUGCCAAAACACAAUUCUAUUCAUCUGAAAAAAGCUACUUUGGAAACCGCCCUGCUCAGAAUUCCCUAUAGAGAGUACUACUUUUGA